GGCGUUAUUGCACCGGCGGGGGGCAGCAAUCCAGCAAACCGCGCCUGGUCCGCCGGGAAAAAACGGAAGGAGGAGAAGAAGAGGCACAAGAACAUGGCGGCGGUGGAUGUCAUUGUGGAUAAGCUGGUGUCGGUGUGGAGGAGACCGGCCGUCCGACAAAACUUCCCCUGGAUAUUUCUACCCAUUUCGCUGGUGGGCUCGGUUCUGAAGGCGCUGGACGUCGUCCCGGAGACGUACUUCAGCAGCAGCAGAAAUGUCCUGAAUGUGUAUUUUGUCAAAGUGUCCUGGGGGUGGACGUUGCUGCUGCUGACACCCUUCCUCCUGCUCUCCAACUCCUCCUUCAGCAGGAAUGCGUCCUUCCUCGGCCGACGGCUGCUGUCUCUGGUGGUGGCAACAGCCAUCUGGUACAUCACCACAGAGACGUUCUUCUAUAUCGAGGACAUGACCAGCUCCUGUUAUGAGACUGGAACCAGUGAUGUUACCAAAGAGGAGUUCACAUCCAAAGCCACCUGCAGGAGCACCGGCUUCCACUGGCGUGGCCGGGACAUCUCAGGACACUCCUUCAUCCUGGCCUACUCUGCCCUUUUCAUUGUGGAGGAAAUGGCCCCUAUGGCCUACCUGAAGACAGUCGGUCUUCAGGGACAGUCUGCUCUGCCCCGGAUGGUUCUCAACCUGCUGUACGUGGCCUUGAAUCUGAUCGUGAUCAUAUGGGUGUGGAUGUUUGCCUGCACCUCUGUUUACUUCCACAACCUGUCCGACAAGUUGGUAGGGACCUCGUGCGGCCUGUUGGGGUGGUAUCUGACAUAUCGGGUUUGGUAUCGAAAACCUUUGUCACCAGGACUCCCCCCUCCGUGUCACCCAAAAGAAGACAAAUUAUAUGCUUGAGCUGCAGUUAUACUUUCCCACACAAAAUUGGUACUAAUAUUGUAUUGAUUGGCACUGAAACAACACACAACAGCUGUCGUUUUCUGUUUCCAGUUCCAAGCUCAUCACGCUAUUUUAAGUUAUUCCCUCCUCUCGGAAAGGUCAUUUUGUACAGGACGACUGGCCUGCAGUUCCUCCACGGUGUUUCGCAGCUGCUGUUCCCAAAAUUACCCUCGGUAAUCUGAGAUAAAAGCAAGACGCCGCUCUUCUGUCCAGCUUCAGCCUCUCACCUUCAGCCGCUGUGGCUCGCAUGCUAGACAAUAGUUUGUGUGCCGGUUUGUUGCCUUAUAAUGCUUUUCCCGUGGAUGAGUAAUCACAUUUUUUAGAUGUCUGAGUGGGAACACUAGUGAAUGUUUACAGCUCCAGUUGCAUAGCACUGACGACAUGUAUUUUUUUUCAGUCCAACGUACAGUAGGUGUUCGUCCUUUUUAUAGGAAACUACCUUCAGAACAAAGUUAGAUCAGACGCUGUAACUGCAGUGAAAGUACAUAUCAUCCUACAUAUGGAUUUUAAUGAGCUCUACGUUUCUUGAUCACAUCUGAUUUGGCAAAACUGCGCCUGUGUGAAAGCAUCAUAUGUAAAGUUUGCUCUGAGGAUGUAGAACUUAAAUAGCAGAUAUUGAGAUCAUCUUAAUGUCUCAUCAAACAUGUAGUCGUAGUUGUAGGCCAGCCCUGCAAGUGUGAGUUAUAUUUAAAGAAUGCUUUAAAGGAUAAGGCUGGAAUCUUUCAGUAUUUUACUUAAGGCUGCCUCUAACAAGUAUUUUUAAUAAUCAAUUAAUCUGCUGAUUUUUUUAUUUCUUUAUUACUUUAUUUAUCCCCCCCGGAUUAAUCAUUUGGUCUAUAAAAUGUCAGGAAACA